UUUAACUUUCACUACAAUCACGAUGCUCUCCAGUCGCGAGGAGGACACCUCACGUGUAGUCAAGUCUACCACAGGGAACGCGAAUGUUCAUAGAUGUCGGUUCAAGAUGUUGCGGAGACAAACACCAAAUCAGCAGACCUAAUUUGAUGCAGCAACGAACUUGCGGAAAGAAGGUGAUUGAACUGAUUUGGAUGGGAUCAUAGUGCUCUGCUAACAACAUGGAACUCGGACUUCCACUUAGCUCUGGCUGUGCUGAAACACAACAGGUGGACCUGAGAGUGAUGGUGAAAGAAGAAGAUAUUAAAGAGGAGGAAUAUGAUCACAUGAUUUCAUGUCCAAAUGACGAAGAAAAGCCCUUUGCAGAGUUUCACUGUAAAACUGAAACAGACACCACAGAGUCACCAAGGUCUACUUACAAUGAAAUACUACAGACAACUGUGAAGACUGAAGUGAAGAAAGAGGAAGAAGAGGAGGAGGAAGAUGGAAAGGAGGAGGAAGAAGAAGAGGAGGAGGAGCAGCAUGAACAUCUGCUGGAAAGUGUAUCAGAACACCCACAUAUAACGCAUCAGAAGAUCCAUGGACUGAAUGAUGAACUCGACCUGCAACAUGAAGGAAGUCUCUACCACUGCACCGUCUGCAGGAAGAGCUUCACGGCCCUGAGAGAACUUGAGAAACACCAGCAAACACACUCAGUUAGGGCGAAUGAAAAGGAGAGGUCUCGCAAAAAGCCACAUAAAUAUUUGCAUUGUGAGCAAGCAUUUACAACACCCUCACCAGUCAACCACAACACGCUAUGCACACAUGCAAGAGAGAGGCCUCAUAAAUGUUCUCAGUGUGGGAAAGGUUUUUCAGACAGGUCAAGCCUUUCACGCCACAUGCUUGUACACACAGGGGAGAAGUCUUGUAUAAGACCAACGCUAGUACACACUGGAGAGAAGCCUCAUAAAUGUAUCCAGUGUGGAAAAUCAUUUGUAACGUCACAAGUUUUAAAAAGACACAUGUAUAUACACACUGGAGAGAAGCCUCAUAUAUGUGUCCACUGUGGAAAAGCCUUUACACAAAGCUCAAGUCUUCAAGUUCACAUGUUAAUACACACUGGAGAGAAGCCUCAUGAAUGUGUCCAAUGUGGAAAAGCCUUUAGAACAUCCCAACAUCUUCAACGCCACAUGCUUACACAUAAGGAGUCUCAUAUAUGUGCCCGAUGUGGAAAAGGUUUUACACACAUUUCAAAUCUUAAAGACCACAUUAGAAUACAUACCGGAGAGAAGCCUCAUAAAUGUGUCCAGUGUGGAAAGUCAUUUUCACAAAGUUCACAUCUUAAAGUCCACAUGUUAGUACACACUGGAGAGAAGCCUUAUAAAUGUGUCCUCUGUGGAAAAUCAUAUCGAAGAUUCCAACAUCUUAAAGACCACAUGCUUACACAUAACGGAGAAAACCCUCAAUGUGUCCAGUGUGGAAAAGCUUUUAUACAAAUGUCAAGUCUUAAACUUCACAUGCUAGUACACACUGGAGUGAAGCCUCAUAUAUGUGUACAGUGUGGAAAAGCAUUUUUACAUAUUUCAAGUCUUAAAAUCCACAUGUUGGUACACACUGGACAGAAGCCUCAUAUAUGUGACCAGUGUGGAAAAGGUUUUACAGACAUUUCAACUCUUAAACGCCACAUGUUGGUACACACUGGAGAGAAGUCUCAUGAAUGUGUCCAGUGUGGAAAAUCAUUUUCAAGAAGUUCAAGUCUUAAACUCCACAUGUUAGUACACACCGGAGAGAAGCCUCAUAAAUGUGACCAGUGUGGAAAAUCAUUUUCAAGAAGGUCAAAUCUUGAAGUCCACAUGUUAAUACACACUGGAGAGAAGUCUAAUAAAUGUGUCCAGUGUGGAAAAUCAUUUUCAAGAAGGUCAAAUCUUGAAGUCCACAUGUUAAUACACACUGGAGAGAAGCCUCAUAUAUGUGCCCAGUGUGGAAAAGGUUUUGCAGACAUUUCAACUCUUAAAAGCCAUAUGUUAAUACACACUGGAGAAGUCUCAUAUAUGUGUACAGUGUGGAAAAUCAUUUAGAAGAUUACAAUAUCUUCAGCGCCAUAUGCUUUCACAUUACGAUGAGAAGUCUCAUAAAUGUGUCCAGUGUGGAAAAUCAUUUUCACAAAUUUCAAGUCUUAAACUCCACAUGUUAGUACACACUGGAGAGAAGCCUCAUAAAUGUGACCAGUGUGGAACAGGUUUUGCAGGCAUUUCACAUCUUAAACGCCAUAUGUUAAUACACACUGGAGAGAAGUCUCAUAAAUGUGUCCAGUGUGGAAAAUCAUUUUCAAGAAGUUCAAGUCUUAAACUCCACAUGUUAGUACACACUGGAGAGAAGCCUCAUAAAUGUGACCAGUGUGGAAAAGGUUUUACAGACACUUCAACUCUUAAACGCCAUAUGUUAAUACACACUGGAGAGAAGUCUCAUAUAUGUGUACAGUGUGGAAAAGCAUUUUCAAGAAGUUCAAAUCUUAAACUCCACGUGUUAGUACACACUGGAGGGAGGCAUCAUGAAUGUGUCCAGUGAGCAUUUAGAUCAUCCCAAGGUCUUCAACGCCACGUACUUACACAUGAUGAGAAGCAUAGUGGUUAGUCGUCUCGUCAAAAAAUUGUAUAUGAAAAGUGAACAGACUACCGGUAAUAGAGAUGUUGGGAGGCUUGUUAUUGUGUUAUUAUAAUGUGAACAGACUGAUCGAGAUGUUGGGAGACUUGUUAUUAUGUCAUUAAAAUGUGAAUAGACUGAUCGAGAUGUUUGGAGGCUUGUUUUCCCUCUUUUAUUUGCUUUUAUUUGUUAUUGCUGUUUGCUUUGUUCAUGUAAAGCACAUUCAAUGACCCCUGUGUAUGAAAUAAGUUAAAUAAAUAAA